AUGAUUGAAGAAGAACUUCAAGAAAAUGAUUUGAGUAAACCUUUUUAAUUAAUUCAUAAAAAUACAAAAAUAUCUAAAUAAUAAGCUUCACAAAUGAAUUUAAUGAAACUUGUUAAGUAAUGUUAAAUAUAAUUCUAAAUUGCAUCAAACUUUAGAGAGUGUGGUUAAUAUCUAUCAGAGUUAGCUAUUAUUUAUCUAAAACAACAUUAAUUUUUGAAAAAAAACAUAGAGAUACUCUAAAACUCUUUAAUUGAUCAAUGUGAUGAUUAAUAAUAAAAAAAAGAAUAAAAAAAAAAGAAAAAAUAAAGUAAAAUUAAAGAAAAGAGUUUAGAUAGUAAAAUUAGCUAUUAUGAUGAUUAGCCUUAAUUUAGUAUUAAAGAAAAUCCAAGAAACCUUAUAGCAGCAGAUAAAUUAUAAUUAAUAGAAUCAUAAAAGACUCCAAUAAAUAUGCAUAUAUUACUUAAACGAAAUAAUUAGUAAUAAACAGAAUAUGAAAUUGAUAAUGUUGUUAAGGAUUUAUCUUAAAUAUAUAAAUGUUCACUCUCUGAUAUUUUGUAUUAAAAAAAUUAAGAAUUAAAAAACAAAAAAUAAUCAAAUAAUUAUAUAGAAUAAUCUAAAUAAUAACUAGUUUAUCAUUUUAAUGAUUAACCAUAAGAGAUUAAUGAAUAUGAUGAUAAUUUUGUAGAAGAAGUAAAUUAAGCUGAUAAUUUAGAUAUAGAGUAUUAAGAAAUUAAAUAAAAAUAAGAAAUAAGUAGAGAAACAAAGAGAUUAAAUAAAAAGAAUACAAAUAAUGAAGAUUAAUAAAUAUAAAAAAGAUAAAAAAAAUCAAAAAUAGCUUAAUUAAAAAAAAUUCCUGAAUUAGAUUUAAAAAUAAAAGAAGAUACUGAUGAAAUAUUUAAAAAUAAUAUCUAGACUUUUAUGAGACAUAAAGAAAAAAUUCAUGAUUUAAGUUUAGAAGUUAACUUUUUAUAACUUGAACCAGAAUUUUGGAAACAUGAAGAUGAAUUAAUUGGUUUAAUUAAUAAAAUUUCCUUUUGUUAAGAUUCUAGCUAGAAGUAAAAUUAAAUUUAAGUAGAAAAAUUUAAGAAGAAAAUAAUUUGUUAAUUUUUGAUAACCUGACAACAGAUAUAGAACAUAAAAAGUUUAAAUCAUAAAAUUUAGAAUAGUAUUCCAUGAGUAAAUAGAGUAUAUCAGAAUUUAACAAUUUUGAGUAAUCUUCUUAAACUCCUUAAAAAAAUUAUGAAUAAGAAAAAGACAAUAAACUUCAUUAAAUUAUAAUAUAAGAUAUUCAAAAUGCUUAUGGAAAAAAUAAUAGAUUAAGUUCAAAUGAUGUAUACUAUUAUUUUAAAUAGUUUUUUUAAGUUUCAGAAAAAUAUGAAUGCAAUAAACCUAAUGCAUUUUAUAAUCUUCUCAUUUUAAGUAGAGUAGGUAUGCUGCAGAUUAAAAAUACUUCAAAUUUAUAAUGUUUCAGUGAGAUUUAAAUAAUUAUUUGA